AAGGAUCGUUUGUGAAUUUCAAGUUGUAGCUCGCUAAUUCAAAUAAACAGCACUGAACAGGAGAUGACAAUUUCACCAGAAGUGGAUUAAGUCACAGUCUCUAAUUGGUACAGCAUUUGUACCGUCAGAGAGUCUCACCAGACAUCACCAGGAAUCUGUGAGCAUUUGUCAAAACUUCCAUUUUCAUUUGGGAGUGAAGCAGGGACCAGAAGAAGCAGAUAUUGGUGGAAAGAGUGGUCCUUGGAGAAGCCCCAAGAUGCAUCCUGAGAAGGGACAAAAGAGGAGAAGCUUCAAGCAGAGACUGGUCUUGAAGAGCAGCUUAGCUAAAGAAACACUCUCUGAGUUCUUGGGCACAUUUAUAAUGCUUGUCCUUGGAUGUGGCUCUGUUGCCCAAGCUAUCCUCAGUCGAGGCAAGUUUGGAGGAAUUGUCACUAUCAAUGUUGGCUUUGCGAUGGCUGUCACGGUGGCCAUUUACGUGACUGGAGGUGUCUCUGGCGGUCACAUCAACCCAGCUGUGUCUUUCGCAAUGUGUCUCUUUGGACGGAUGAAAUGGUUCAAAUUUCCAUUUUACGUGGGAGCCCAGUUCUUGGGAGCCUUCGUAGGGGCUGCAACCCUCUUUGGCAUUUACUAUGAUGGACUUAUGACCUUCGCUGAUGGAAAACUGCUCAUCGUGGGAGAAAAUGCUACAGCAUUAAUUUUUGCAACAUACCCAGCUCCAUAUCUGUCUUUGGUGAAUGCAUUUGCAGACCAGGUAGUGGCCUCCAUGUUCCUCAUCAUGGUCGUCUUUGCCAUUUUUGACUCCAGAAACUUGGGGGUCCCCAGAGGCCUAGAGCCAGUCGUCGUCGGCCUCCUGAUCAUCGCCAUCGCAUCCUCCCUGGGGCUGAAUAGCGGCUGCGCCAUGAACCCAGCGCGAGACCUGAGUCCCAGAGUUUUCACUGCUUUGGCAGGAUGGGGCUUUGAGGUCUUCACAGCUGGAAAUCACUUCUGGUGGAUUCCUGUAGUCGGUCCUAUGGUUGGUGCCUUCUUGGGAGGCCUCAUCUAUGUUUUCGUCAUCGAAAUCCACCACCCAAGCCCUGACCCUGACUUCGAGGCCGAAGAAUCUGAGGACAAACCAGAGAAAUAUGAACUUAAAGUGAUAAUGUAGUCGUGUGCUCAGUUCCGGGUUUGCUAUUGGUUGAGCCGGUGUUCUCAGCAAAGACGGAAACCAGAUGUCUGUGUUUUCACAACUACAGUGGAAUCCACCCAGUUUUCUCUGCUAGCCAUGUGGGACACCUAAUUGUAAAAGCAUCUGAGUGAAGGUUUGCAAACACUCUUUUCUACCAAUUUCCCCCAGACAGCACCAACUGUCCCCUGAAAUAGCCUUCUCUGCCUGUUUAUUUCAUCCUUAGAUGGGAAUCCUUAUUACAGGGUGAGCAUUCAUCACCGGGAACCUUGACCAUGGACUUAUUUGGAUAGUCUCAGUUUACCUGUAUAAAAUAGUAUCCCCAAAGCCUUGUUUUUGAUAUCCACAAAGGUUACAUUCUGAGUAUCAACCACAACUAAAUUGAAAGACAAAACAGAGAUUUCAGUUAAUAUGUCCAUAAAUUAGGGAGCCAAUGGGUUCACACUCUAGUUAUGUGGUACCACUGUAUUUGUAAUAAAUACUGACACUCUCUCAACCUAGGGAUGUAGGAAGCAGUAGAACACAGCUGGACCGCACAGGGAAAGAAAGGAUGCUGUGGCAUUCAGGAACCUCAGGAGACAAGAUACCUUUGGAAAACCAAAUGGAUUUUUUUAAAUGGAAAGCAUGCAUCAGAUUAAUCCCUUGCUCUUUGCAUUAUAGAGGGCACAAAAGAACUCCCUGGCUUUUAGUAUAUAAUAACCUGAAAUACAUUUGUAACCUUGGUCAUGAAAAAUACAUAACUCUGUAUUUUUAACUCAAGUGUAUUUUCCUAACUGCCUGCUUGAGGACAGACAUUUGAGGAGUUAAGUCAAUGUUUAUACUUAUCCAUUUUUCUGCAUAUUUCCUAGAAGCCAAAACUGAAAGCUGUUGGGUCCUGGUCUAGUAGAGUCUUCAGGAUAGAAGGCCCCUGUAAAGAUAAUGUCACCUUAUUAGGCUCAACAAUUCACAAAACACCUUUGCACAGGUUAGCUAAUUUAAUCCUGAUACUGACUGACAUAAAUGCCAUGCUGCCCGUUUUUCAGAUAGGGAAUCAAAUUUUAGAGAAGAUAAGCCAGUUGUCAAAGGCCCUGUGGCAAGCUGAAUCUAAUGUAGCUGACACCUGUCAGAAGAUCAGGAGAAUCCUAACCAGCCCUUCCUGGCUGGCCAGAUUACAUGGGAUUAGCAGCUACCAGAACACGUACACCUUCCAGACCUAUUUCUCUAGGAUCCUUAGAUAUAAAGUCCUUCAUUGUCUGGUUUUAUUCCCAUGGUUACUGAAACACUAACAAACAAAAAAUGUGGCAAUUCAGUGAUUUUUCAUGCACUGAGAAACAUGAUCGGGAAGCCUCCCUUCCUGGCCCACCCUUGGUCUCACUGAGUCUUGAUCUUCCUUCCCUGCCAAUUACAAAUGUUAUUCCGGGAAUUUCCUCGUGGGAGGACUCAUCCCUGUGAAGUUCUGUAACGGAUGUCACUGUGGUCAAAAGUCUCUGUAAGUUACAAGCAUCAGAUACAUUGUUCUAUAUAUCAAGCAGGGAACCUUCAGUCAGCCUGUUACAAAACCCAGCAUCCUCAGAUGUGUCCAGUGUCCCAACUGCUUUGCAAGGUGACAGAACAAAAAGCAAAUGUGAAAUGUCUCCAGUGUCCUAUGUUCCAUAAUCUACCAACAUGGAAAUGUUUUCUUGCCCUGAAACUACCUGUAUAUUUCCUACUUAAAAUAAAAUAGGUGGGUUUUUUUGAGUUUUUA